UAAUCCCACCUCCCUAACCUUCAUUUACCCCCUAAAUCUGACCUGUGCUGAAACUCGUAUAUCUGAAUUAAAUCUCUCUCUGCAGCAACACGAGCGUUUUGUGCGACGCGGUGAUAUGGGAUCGGUGCAGACUGCUGAAUGGGUGCCACGCAGCGAGCCCUCUGAUUGGCGGUGCCGUGGUGGUCCUGCUGGAUCGGCACGUCCUCGAGCGUGGAGCGUCCGGACCUUCCACGACUUCCUCCUGCCUUUUCCUCAGUUACACAGGAAGUGGUGCAGCUGGAACCUCACCAGCCCCUUUUCCAAACUGGUGGACAGUAGCGUCUCUUCAGGCUCGGUGAUGGACGGCGGUGACCACCGAAACCUUUUGUCCGGUUCCUCACUGAUCUUCUGCUCACUCCCUCAGUCUCACUCAGCUCGCCGUCAGCGCCGCUUCAAUCCUUCACGAUUUAACAGCUCGUCCGCCGCUUCCAAGCACGUGUCUGAUCCGGAGGGGGCUCCGUACGGCCCGGAGGAAAACGUUCAAAUCUGCACUGACCAUGAAGACGUCACCGUCCCGGUGUUCGGGGUUUCUGAAGAUGAUGACCGAGAGCCUUUGGUUUCAGCUGAACAAGGAAACGGAGUCUCAACAGUAGAUGAUGCUCAAGUCUCGGAGUACUUUACUCACACUGGCUCCGUCCGCUCCACCUCGGGAGUUGUGGAUGAAUCGAAGUUGGACGUGCUGAAAACCACAUCCAACGCGAUUCACCUUCCUUCCCUGAGUCAUGUGACUGCGGCGUGUGAGCUGGUGGGAAAGGACAUGUAAUAAAUAGGAAAGUUAUGAAAUAAAUAUUAAUAUAUAAAAUACAUAAAACUGUUGUCCUGAAGAGUAUAAAAUGUGGUAUUGUUUAGCUACGUAUUUAACAAACACAGAGCUGAAUUGAAAUGCUAACAGACA